AUGGAACAUCUCAAUUUGUAUAGACGAAUCUUCAAUAGAUCUGAAGCCCCAAACGUUGAUGUUCUAGUCGAGGAAGAUUUUCGCAAGUACAAUCUCACUGAUUUCUUCGGUGGAAUUUGGCUUACAAGUCCGGACAAUGUGAAGGAACUCACGUUGAAUGAUGUUUUACUUGAUUUUUGGAGUCAAAGCACGAGUUCAACUCCUCGAAACUCAUUUGACGUUUUUUGCGUCGCAGACGGAGGCGGAAUACCAGCAACCACAGAAAAUUCAAAGUGGUUGAAUCAACUUAUCCGAUUUGCAGCUUUUGCGUCUGGAGGAGCAAACGGUCCAGAAAAUCCCUUCGAAGAUAGAGACGCAUCAUCUUGGACCCUUUGUAUUGUGGGUUCUCAAGAACUCAACUCGACGCUCAGAUUUCUUCAGGUCGCUAGCUGGGAUACAAAGGUUUUCCGAUACUACGGGAGAGACAGUUUGCAGUUGGAAGGAAUUUCAGAGGGCGGACAAAAGCAAGGAUGGGUUUACCAAGGAGUGUCCACCGAGGCUUUCAGCGACGAAUCUUAUCUUGGCCCUUUCAAUGGUCAUGUCAAUGGGGGUUUGAUCAUGAAGGAAAUACAUAAACCUUGGUUACAUUGGAUGACGGACGCAAACGAUCCAACACCGAAUUUCACAGACACGACCAAAGAGGCUCUGAGUAAAGUAUUCGCUCCAUAUCUGUCAGAUUCAACUCCGCUAUCUAAAGUCAAUAGUGCAGACAAUAUGGAACCCUACAUUACAGAUGGCAUUAGUGCCUGGUUUACGUCACGCUGGAAGAUGGAUUUCCUUGACGCCAAGAGGCAGCCUCUCCCUAAGGUCAAGGGCUUAAAACGAUGGAUGGCUCAUAUUCUGCUUACCACUUCCAUCAACAUUCAAACAGCUCUACCUUUUCAGAAUCAAUGGCUGAUGCCAGCAAACAACGUUCUCAACUUUGAAUUGCUGAGUCAAGGAGAUCCGACUGAUAUUUGGCCAAUGGUGGAGAACGAUUCCUUCCCGUUCUCGAAGGCGUUGUAUGACAACGCAGUCAAAAACGACCCUCAACUGGCACUCAUAACAAAUGUUGAUACAGAUAAUGUGCCAGCAGGGUACACCGCAUUUUCUCUCGAUAGUAGCACGAUUGCUUCCAGCGAUCCCAAAGCAUCUAACUUACCCCCAAUUUCAUUCAUUCAGGUCGCAGCAGGGGAGGGAGAUCAAGGCACAUUUACGAUUCUGCAUCCAUCGUUAGAAGAUGCAAAGGGUGCGCAUCUUCUGAUGACAGACAUUCAGAAAAAGUUCACAUUACUUUCGAAAGAGACAUACAACGCCAUGAUUAUGGUAGAUCCCUGGAACCCAUUGUACUCUUGGAAGCGUGGUGUACUCUUGCAAUACGUUCCGGAUGAAGCCACCUACAAUGCCUCCACAAAAUCAUACGAUAUGGAGAAGAGUUUUAUUGAUGCCGUGAAUACUAGUCCUCGAAUGAAGGAUCCAACAAGUCCGGAGUACGAGUUCAUUCGGAAUCUUUCUAGACCCACAAGUUUUUUCUCCGCUAUGAUGAGCAGUUAUAUUUCGAAGGUUCAAAAACGUUUGAAGACACAAGACGGGAUAUCGGACUAUCUCAAAUUAGCAGAGUCAAGACGUCGCAUCUACAGGCCUCUCCCUCUCGACGAAUUUGCUUUUACUUUACCAUGGGCUUUGUCAUGGAAGUACAGUAAACCUCUAGAGAUGACUUCUGAAGGAGCGAUUCAAGAUAUUGAUGUUCGAGGGCAAAAGUUCUUCGCCACAUGGAUUGGAGCAUUGCGAACCGCAAACCCUAUGCUUAUUCCCCGCGCCGAUGCCGAUGAUCAGGACGAUUUAGCGGUACUGGAAAAUCUUCACGCUGUUGCUCUUGCUACAAAAGAUUCUCAGAGUUUGAAUUUUCAAGAAUCUGGGAUGAGAUUGUUGCCUAAAGCAUGCGGAGCUAGCACACGGUGA